CAGUGACAGAUUGUCUUGUCCUGCACUCUCCCCUCAGGUUAUGCCACACUCCAGGUUUUCUGGAUGCCUUCACAUGAAAGAGAAAGGUUGAGAUUUGCCCAGACUUGGCAUGACGGUCCUUAGGUCUUGAACCAACAUGGCAGCUGGAGAGUCCCGUCCCAUAGGAGGUGUCUUCGUCAACCUGCAGCAGGACAGCAGUAAUGCUGAGGAGGCCUUUCUCCCCGCCGAGGAUGAUGAGGAUUUGGAUAAGACCUUGUCAGUCAAGAGGUUUGGGGACCUGAUAAGCAAGUCAGCAUCAAGGGAUCUGGAAGAGCAGAGACGCAACUACAGUGAGAGAGAUUUUGAAUUCCAUCGCCAAACCUCCCACCACAUCCACCAUCCCCUUUCCACCCACCUGCCUCUUGCCCUCAAGUUCCAGAAGAGGCUCUCCCAUGGCAGCCGGAGGAAGAGGAGAAAGAGGAAAAAGAAAAAAACGUCGGUGCCCCCCUCAGACAUCACUCCCACCAUCCAGGAAGUGGAGGAGGAGGAGGGGGACAAGAAGGAGGAAGAGGGGGACGAGGAGGAGGAAGGAGAGUCAGAGGCAGAAGAGGCCCUGGAGAAAGAGGUCUCACCAGAGUCAGAGUCAGAGGCUCAUGAGAAGAAGGACACUCCUAAGCCUGAGCCCCCUAGCAAACCAAAGUUCACCAUUGGGAGUGACGAUGAAUCCUGCGGUGCCUUGGCCUCUGCAUGGUUCCAUGUGGAGAAGGAGUGUGGUGUCAUGUCACUGAUGCCACACCAUGCUGACUUGCUGCAGGAGACGGGCCCGGCCUCUCUUGGCAGCCUCCCGGGGCCCAGAGAAUGUCCAUCUCGGGGAUGGGACAGGCGCAAGCCCUGGAGCCAGGUGGUGAGUGGGCAGAGGGUGAGUUAUGACCUGAAGGAGCGGGUGUGCAUCGGCAGCAUGACCACUCUGGAGAGUACAGUGUACCAGCGCGUCCCCACCGAUGAGGCCGAGGCCCAGAUGCUGGCAUCUGCUGACCUGGACGACAUGAAAAGCCACCGCUUUGAAGAUAACCCUGGUGUGAGGCGGCAUCUGGUGAAGAAACCAUCUAGGAGCCAGAGCACCAGAACCAGCAGGAAGAUGGUGUCAACCCCGUCUGUCAAGAAGAAGAAGAAGAAAAAAAAGCUGGACAGGAGGCCCCAUGAGGUGUUUGUGGAGCUGAACGAGCUUGUCGUAGAUAAGAACCAGGAGAUGCACUGGAAGGAGACAGCACGCUGGAUCAAGUUUGAGGAGGAUGUGGAGGAGGACACAGCACGGUGGGGGAAGCCUCACGUAGCCUCACUAUCCUUCCGCAGCCUGCUGGAGCUCAGGAAGACCAUUGCUCACGGUGCUGUGCUGCUGGACCUGGAGCAAACCACCCUUCCUGGUAUCGCUCACCUUGUGGUGGAGACCAUGAUUAUCUCCGAUCAGAUCAAAGGGGACGACAGAGCCAACGUGCUGCGUGCCCUUUUGCUCAAGCACAGCCACCCCAAUGAUGAGAAGGAGGGGUUCUUCCCCCGAAACCACUCCAGCUCCAGUAUGAAUUCGAUAGCGGGGAACCACCAUCACAACCACAACCACACAGCCGACACAUGUGUGGCCCUGAUGGGUGAGGAGCGGGAGCGCAUCGAGAUGCUGGACCCCAGACCCCAGGACUCGGAGUGCAAAGAGAAAAAUCUGCAUCUCCACAGUUCCGAGGGGCAUCGCGGCAAAUAUCUGAAACUGAUGGAGAAGAUUCCUGAAGAUGCUGAGGCAUCCGUUGUCCUCGUGGGCUGUGUGCAGUUCCUUGAACAGCCCACUAUGGCUUUUGUCCGGCUGAAUGAGGCAGUCUUCCUGGAAUCUGUCCUGGAGGUCCCAAUUCCAGUCAGGUUCAUCUUUGUCCUGCUGGGACCCAGUCAGGCCAACGUCGAUUACCAUGAAAUUGGACGGUCCAUUUCUACCCUCAUGUCUGACAAGCUCUUCCAUGAGGCUGCGUACAUGGCAGACGACCGCCAGGACCUCCUCAACGCCAUCAACGAAUUCCUGGACUGCAGCAUUGUCAUCCCCCCGUCAGAAGUGGAGGGGAAAGACUUGCUCAGGUCUAUCGCUACUUUCCAGAAAGAGUUACUGAGGAAGAGGAAGGAGAGGGAGCAGAAGAAGUCCACGAAGGAAGGGGUUGUCCAGGAAGCUAAAGAACUGUGUGAAGUGAAGGCUGAGGAGGAAGAGGAGGGGGAUGCUGAGGACGACCCAUUGAGGCGAACCGGCAUUUGUUUUGGAGGUCUGGUUCAGGACAUAAAGCGCAGGUACCCCAAAUAUCUCAGUGACAUCAGAGACGCCUUGCACAGCCAGUGCCUUGCAGCCGUUCUCUUCAUCUACUUUGCUGCUCUCUCUCCUGCCAUCACCUUCGGGGGACUCCUAGGAGAGAAGACAGAGGGUCUCAUGGGGGUCUCAGAGCUGAUCAUCUCCACCUCAGUUCUGGGGUUCCUGUUCUCCCUGCUUGGAGCUCAGCCGCUCCUUGUCAUCGGUUUCUCGGGGCCCCUUCUGGUAUUUGAAGAAGCUUUUUUCAAGUUCUGCCAGAGCCAAGGCAUCGAGUACCUGACGGGCAGAGUGUGGAUUGGCCUGUGGCUCAUUGUCUUCAUCUUCAUCAUUGUGGCAGCUGAAGGCAGCUUCCUGGUGCGAUACAUCUCGCCCUUCACACAGGAGAUCUUUGCCUUCCUCAUCUCCCUCAUCUUCAUCUACGAGACCUUCUAUAAACUCUACAAGGUCUUUACAGAGCAUCCUUUGCUGAAGUUUUACCCGCCAAGUUUGCAGAGUGGCUUGAACGCCAGCACACUCUCUGCUGAUGCCAUGUCUCUGGAAACCAGGAUGCAGCCCAAUACUGCCCUCCUCUCACUCAUCCUCAUGCUGGGCACCUUCUUCAUCGCUUUCUUUAUGCGCAAGUUCAAGAACAGCCGUUUCUUAGGAGGCAAGGCUCGACGGAUCAUUGGAGACUUUGGAAUCCCCAUCUCGAUCCUGGUCAUGGUCUUAGUGGAUUACACCAUCACAGACACGUACACACAGAAGCUGAAUGUUCCCUCUGGGCUGUCAGUCACGUCUCCCCAGAAGCGUGACUGGUUCAUUCACCCCUUGGGCAGCCGACAGGCCUUUCCCAUGUGGAUGAUGUUUGCCUCAGCCAUCCCUGCACUCCUGGUCUUUAUCCUCAUUUUCAUGGAGACCCAGAUCACCACCCUGAUUGUCAGUAAGAAGGAGAGGAAGCUCAUGAAAGGCUCUGGUUUCCAUCUGGACCUGCUGCUCAUUGGAACCAUGGGGGGGCUCUGCGCACUGUUCGGGCUCCCUUGGCUGACCGCCGCCACUGUGCGCUCGGUCACCCACGUCAAUGCCCUGACGGUCAUGAGCAAGGCCAUCGCUCCGGGGGAGAAGCCGAAGAUUGAGGAGGUGAAGGAGCAGCGUGUAACAGGAGUUGCAAUUGCUGUCCUUGUCGGCUUGUCCAUUGUGAUGGGCAACAUGCUGCGCCGGAUCCCCCUUGCUGUGCUCUUCGGGAUCUUCCUCUACAUGGGGGUCACGUCUCUCACCGGCAUCCAGCUCUACGAGCGUCUCCUCCUCAUCUUCAUGCCGUCCAAGCACCACCCAGACCACGUCUACGUCAUCAAGGUGAAGACCUGGAGAAUGAACCUCUUCACCUGCAUCCAGCUGGCCUGCAUCGUGGUGCUCUGGGUGGUGAAGUCAACAGUGGCCUCGUUAGCUUUUCCUUUUAUCCUGAUUAUGACGGUGCCCUUACGACGCUUCCUGCUGCCCCGCUUCUUUCAGGACCGGGAGCUCAAAGCCCUGGACUCGGAAGACGCGGAGCCGAACUUUGACGAGGACGGCCAGGACGAGUACAACGAGAUGCACAUGCCUGUGUGAGCGGCUGCUCCGCCCCCUCCCUGUGGAAAGCUGCUCGUUCCCAUGUGUUCUCCUUGGCUACGGCCCAAUCCAAAUGGCUUGGAACUUAUUACACGUCAGAUGUUUUCCUGUCUGGACCAAAGAGCAGCUGUGUCGGAACCCUGGAGGGAGGUGGGCAAGGCUGUUCCUGAUCCCACCCCUCACCCACUCAGUGGAAGUGUGAGUCUGUCUCCACCUGUACGUAGCGGGAGACGCUUCUCACAUCCAGAGGUUCUGUAGGGGCCUGCACUGCCUCAGGUCAUGGGUCUCCCUUACUGGAGAUGGGGGGUUGCAUUGGUAUGUGGGUUAGCA